UAUGCUUGUCAUCAAAGAGAAUUGCUUGUCAUUGUUCUAAAUGACAAAUAAACACUAUUACCUUUCCAUAUAUAUUAUAAUUAUCUUUGCAAAUAUUGGUCUCUGUUUGCAAUUACUAGCUAGUAAAUGAAAAGGGUAACGUACGAAGAAAGCAAAGUAUUAAUGUUUACUAAAUAAAAAAAUGGAAGCAGACUCCACGACUCAAGACAGUAACUCAAAAGAGUUGACUAAUGAGCCGCAUUUGCCAUUUAUUGUAAGAACGGGAAAUUUCAAACUAUACAAAGAUUUGACGGAUCAAACCAGUGAGAAACCCUUGGAAAUUCAGAUAAUAGAACGAUUGCAAUCAUACAGUUUACUUCCUGGAAAAGUGAUAUGUCCUUCUAACAAAUCUAGUUGUAGUGUGAUAUGGAAGACUGCAAGAGUUAUAGACAGAGCUCAAUGGGUGUGUGAGGGGUGUGGGAAGCGUCAACCAAUCAGAAUAGGCUCCUUCUUCUUCAAGCUACAGUGCUCCAUACUCCAAACACUACAACUCAUCCUAGCAUGGUGUGAGGAUGCAGAUAUAAACAUCGCUGCACAACACUUUGGUGUGAAACAUAAAAUAGCCAGUCAGAUAUUUGAUAGGCUGGAUGACUUGGCCAUCACGGAGCAGAGUAAAUGUCUUCUUGGUGGUGAGAAUUCUGUCGUUUUGGCCGAAAUGUAUCCAGACUGCCUCAAUAGGUUCUCUCCUGACACCACAGAUCAACCUCAUGUACACAGGAUAUUGAUGAUGGCAGACACUAAACAUAUUCCAACUCACUACUGUCUUCAUGUCUUGAAAGAAGAUUCUAGAAAGUCAAAAACAAUAAAUAUUGAGGCACUUAAAUUGGAGGUGGAACAGAUAAUCUCAGGUUGUGUAAAACAGAAUUCAAUGGUGGUGACUGGAAACAACUUACCGUCCAUAGAAGGGACAUCAUCAAUACACAAACUGGUGCAGCACUGUGAUGCUGAUAUGCAGCAUUUCUUGACAACACGUAUAUGGCGGCAGGCGGUGACCGUAUGCAGCGCAUCCCGAGACUUGUGCGGGAGCGCCCCGGCCGCAGCGAGUAGUUGCGCCUCCCUCGUGCAGCGCUACCUCAACACCGGCCUCUACCGCCUGCGAUACGGCGACGGGUUCUACCAUCACAUACUCAACCUCAUAGCUGAACAGUUUACGGAGAAACAGAAUGAUUAGACAUAUGAGGGUUGAGAGUUUGAUGUGCCGAGACAAUAUUGUCAUUUCAAAGGAAUGUGAAAUUAGUGCAGGCACUUUAGAAAGUACCUGUUAGGGAAGAGCCCAAGCCGCCAACUGCUAGUCAGUGUACCACGGGCUUUAGGGUGCGCCACAGGCACUAUGUGUCUUUUUUCACUUCAAUGUCAAUCAAUCUUCAUUGACAUAAGUAAACUUUUUCAAGCAAAAAAGCUAUUAAGACUUACAAAAUGUUUGAACAUUGUCUGUAUGGAACACAAUGUUCUAAUCUUCCAUUUGAAUAGGUGAUGAGCUAAUGACCACAGAUAAAUAUGUGUAGCAUCUCACGUCAAUUUACCGAAUAUAUUGCUGUGGUGUCAAAAUCUGUUGGCCAAUAUUAGUAAUAAACGUGUCAUUUCGUACUCACUUGUUAAAAUAUACACUUUAAUACAUUUUAUAAAAAAAAUCGGAUAUGGCAUAAAUAAUGUAAUUUUACUUGUAAUGUGAAGUGAAAGUAUAUUGUUGUUAAAAGUAAAUUAAAAUUAUUGAAGUUUGGUUUACUAGCUGAAAUUUUGUUUUACAAAAUAAAGCGGUUUUGGAGCUUCAUAGUUUAUACAGAAAUUCAAAUUAAAAAAGGUUUUGAGUGUUAUCAGAAUUAUUUUAAGAAUACGAAAAAAAAAUUAUCCAAAAAAUUAAGUGCCUUAAAUUAAACAAUGUCUUCCGAAUUAAUUUGUUUGAUAUUUUGUCGAUGAUAUUAUUUUAAAAUUUAUGUUUUUCUAAAUUUAAGUUUUCGAGUGUAUAUGGAUGAUUUAAAAUUGUUUUGUUGUAUAUUAAUAUUAAAUUUUCUUCAUCAGAGUUUAAUUCGUUUAAUUGGUGAAUUAUAAAAUUUAUAAAAUUGUAUAUUUUUUUCUUAAAUAAGAACUUAUAGGUAACAUAGAAAUAAUUGUUUUGGUAAAUUACAUAUAUGGACGAACAAUUUCAAUAAGUGAUCCAUAACUUUGGAUCGAUCGCAAAAAUGGACCAAUCACAAUAAAGUUUGUUCGACAAUAGAAAUAAUUGGUUCAUUUACAGGACUGAACCGAAUAUUGAGUUGUUUAUUUGUUGAAAUCGGUUGUUAGUUUCACUACAAGCCGCGAGACAGACAGACAAAUUAAAGACUUAUCUUCGGUCUAGACCGAAGUAAGCAUAUUGAAACUGGCAAAAUUCGUCUUGCCACAAUUUCCCUAUACCACUAUACGAAGCCAGCCCUACUUAACAAAUCAGAUAAAUAAAAACAUUGUUUCCCAUUGGACCAAAUUAUUGAGAUAAAAUGUAAUCUUAUGUGUUAAUCUAAGACAUGGUCUACCAGUGUGCCAAAUUUCAUCCAAUUCGUUCAGUUGUUUUCCCUUUACUUCUAACAAAAAGUCCAUCGCAUUUAUAAUAUUUACAAUAUUAGUAUUUUACCGGCCUUUGUUCAUUUGUUAAUUAAACGUUGCAUUAUUUUUUGUGAGGCCUUAACUUCAGACUGUAUACCUGAGUGACGAGAAUUCCUGCUGUGUUUAAAAUAAAUAAAUGAAUAACA